AUGACACGUCUUAGACCUUCUAAUCCACAGUAUAGAACAAACAAUACUUUGUUCAUUUUGACCGGUGGUCCAGGUCAAUCUGGUUGGACUUUUGUAUCAUUGGCAGCGCUGCUUUUUCCGGAUACUUACGGUAUUACUUUUAUCCUUCCGGACCAUCGUGGCUGUGGAUUAUCGAGUCCUUUGGCUUGUGAUGAUAACGGUUCACAAAAUAUAACUGCUGCGUGCAUUCCCUAUCUCAUUUCACGAUGGGGCUCUGAAGGAUUGAAACAAUUUUCGAUUACUGCAGCUGCUCAUGAUAUAGCUGUUCAAAUUCAAUAUUACCAGUCAAUAUUCCCUGGUCGAGUCGCCAUUUAUGGUGUUAGUUAUGGUACGAUAUGGCUCGAUCGUUUUCUUCAAAUCUAUCCAAAUCUUGUUCAAUCGGCUAUAAUGGACAGUGUAGUUAAUCCAUUAUUAUUCUCUGUCAGUCAAUAUGAUCUUUGGCCUUCAUCUAUUGCUAUGCGUUUCUUAGCCUAUUGCCAAUUUCAAAUUGAAUGCAAUCAACACUUUCCAGUUGAUGAACCACCACAUUUUAUGUUAUCGCGAUUGCUUCGUGAAUUAGAUGGAAACAAGCAAAAUUGUGCAAAUAAUUAUUUAUCAAAAUACCAACUAACUGCAGAAAAACUUCGCAAUAUACUGUCUCGCUUAGUGGGAUCGAGUGAGCAGUAUUUUGAUAGUACUGUAAUUCCAGCCAUCAUCUUUCUUCUCAAUCGUUGUAAUGAAGAAGAUGUCACUGCACUGAAGUUUUUUUUUGAAACAAGCUUUAAACUAGAAGAAAUCACAAAUGAAGUUAAUCCACCACCAUUGCUUGUUUCUCUCGUACUUGGCUUUCAUAUUACACAAUCAGAACUUUGGCUGGCUCUCGAUCAAGAUGAAGUUGAUAACGUGACAAUAUUAGCUUGGCAUAAGUCAACUAUCAUAGCAGGGAAAAUUGACUUUAAAUAUACUUCCUUACGUUCCCAGUGGCCUAAGUAUCCAUUGGAUCAAUAUCGCAAUAAAGUGGCUUCCUAUUCGCCUGUAUUGAUGUUAUCAGGUCAAUUCGAUACGGCGGCACCACUCGACUAUGCUGUUCAACUUUUAUCACUCACAGGAAAAACACGAACACUCUAUACCUUUCCAUUAGUCGGUCAUGUUAUCAUUGUUAUGGCAGCCUUUGAAUUUACCUGUCCAAUUCACUUGAUUUAUUCAUGGGCAUUUCCUGAUCUAUUUCCACCAGAAUGGAGUAAUUCAACAUGCAUUCAAGACUUUCCAACAAAAAUUGAUUUUGUUGGAGCUACCGAACCAGGACAACUAUUCUCGUUGAAAUACUUGAACAUGUCAAAACCAUUUGGUAAUUCUACUUCGACUUCUUUGCCUAAUUCAAGCAUUCAUUUGACAUAUUCUUUUGAAUUAAUGAUUUAUUGUGCGCUAAUUUUUCUAACUAUAUUUACAAGAGAAACAGUGUACCAUUAA